AAGGUGAGGGAGGGAGACUGGGGAUUUGGUUUGUGCAGCAGCGUAGAGAGAGAGAGAGAGAGGGAAGGAGAGAAAGAGGGGAGGGGGGAAGUUGGACACGGACAAUCUUGCACAAACUUUUUUUUUCUUUUCUUCCUCUCUCCUUUCUCCGUGGAAGGAGAAGCCUCAAGAAAAAAAAGUCAGAGGGGACACGAAAAGUCACACUGGAUUACAUGUGAUUGCGUUUGGACUUUUCCAAUCCGCUCCUUGGAUAUUUACGCACAUUUAUUCACGGAUUAAUGUGGACGCAAAUCUGUGGAUUGAUCUGUAGUUGAAGCUGGUGGCCGAGGUGAGGUUUUUUUAAAGGAGGACUGAAACCAUGUGGCUGCUCUGCUCCUCUCUGACUCUGCUGGCCCUAAGCUUCGGAUCGUGUGACACGCUGACAUCAGAACAAGAUGUACAAUGCCCGUCCUUACAAGUGGAUGAGUGGAAGUUUCCUCAGACGACCAGGCACAACAUCACUGGUUUUAAUCUGGUGAGGCGAUUCUCCCUGCUCAAGAGUCCAGAUGUCAAGAAGAUCCGCAACCCGCGAGGACCCAUCAUCCUCCGCCUGGGCAAGGUAGCACUCCUACGCCCCACCGAUCAGGUGUUCCCAUAUGGCUUACCAGAGGAGUACACCCUGAUCUUCACCCUGGCUUUAAAAAAGGCCGCCCUGAGGGACACCACCUACCUCUUCCAGAUAUCUGAUCAGCAGGGAUACCCACAGCUCUCUGUGGACCUCAGUGGCCCUGACGGCACCCUGUCACUGAGAGCCAAAGGGGUAGAUGCUGAUGCCGACCUGGUGAGCUGUGUUUUCAAUGGGGAGGGGGUGGAGGCACUGAUGGACCUGCGCUGGCACAAGGUGGCGCUCAGCGUGCAACAAGGGGUCGCCUCCCUUCACGUGGACUGCAGGUCCAUUGAGACCAAGCCCCUGGAGCCCCAUGGAGUUGUGGCCACUGACGGACACACUCUGCUGGCCAUGCGGGCCUCUGAUGCUGCGCCUGUGCAGAUGGACAUUCAGCAGGUGAUGCUGUAUUGUGAUCCAACCCUCGCCAUUCAGGAGGCCUGCUGCGAGAUACCUGGAGCUCGGUGCCCUCCUGAUGCUCCCAAGAGCCGCCGUGCUGCUGAGAAUGACCUGCUGGAAAACACGUUUCACCAGGAGAUCUUUGCGUCCAAGGAUCUGGCAGAGAAAUGUGCUGGUUGUUUACUCCUGAAUAGGGAAGCAAAUGUAGGAAAUUCAGGUGCGGCCGCCGGGUUUAAAGGGGAAAAAGGUGACCGGGGUGAUGACUGUGCUGGCACUCAUUCAGGUCCAUGCACAGAGGGAUCCAAGGGCCAGAAGGGAGACAAAGGCGAUUCGGCGGCGCCCGCUAACUGGGGCGAAGCUGUUGGGUACAAGGGAGCCAAGGGCCAGAAGGGAGAGAUCGGUCUACAAGGUCUCACAGGAACUCCAGGGAAGGACGGUCGAGCAGGGUCCAUCUGUGUAAUCGGCCCCAAGGGACAGAAGGGAACCCCAGGUAUGGUGGGCCCUGAAGGGUUGGCAGGGGAGCCAGGGAAGCCUGGACGCCCAGGCCUACCAGGAUUUGGAAUGCCAGGCCCACCAGGUCUUCCUGGUGAACCGGGCGGCGCAAAAGGAGACAAGGGAGACACAGGAGCUUCAGGACAAGAUGGAGGGCCAGGAGAUCCAGGACCGAGAGGACCAGGGGGGUCCAAGGGAGAGAAGGGUGACCCAUGUGAAGUGUGCCCGGUGCUGCCUGCAGACAUGGGCAACACAGUGGCGCUGCCAGGGAAGCCCGGUCCUAAGGGAGAGCCCGGAUCACCAGGGAUCGGAGAGAGAGGACUGUCUGGGCCUCAAGGUGCAGAUGGCAAAGCAGGACACAAGGGAGAACCAGGAUCAGAUGGAACCAAGGGAGAAAAGGGAGAGGCAUGUUCUGUGUGCCCCACUCUCGGAGAGUUACCCGCUAACCUCUUGCCCGGUGUCAUGACCCAAAUCCUGCAACAGAAGGGAGAGAGGGGAGAGCCUGGGAUUGGACAGAAAGGAGAGCAAGGGGAGCCAGGAAAGGAAGGACCACCUGGCCUUAGUGGAGAAAAGGGAAGUGCAGGCAGCAAAGGAGGGGAUGGUAAGCCGGGAAAGCUCGGACCAAAGGGACCCAGUGGCAAGGAUGGACAGAAAGGCUCAAAGGGAGGGCAAGGGCUGCCAGGUAUUGGUACGCCCGGCCUAAAGGGUGAGAAGGGCGAGUGCGGCGUGUGCCAACCAUCCGAGGUUGGCAGCGGGCCUGCCAGCAUCAAAAUGCCUGAGGGAACAAGAGGCAAGCCAGGCGAACCGGGCCCUCAAGGGCAACCUGGACCUCCAGGUCUCGGAGCUGAUGGCAAACAGGGCCUGCCAGGUCUUUCCGGUGUAAAAGGAGAAAAGGGUGAACAAGGACAUCAAGGAGAUAAGGGAUUGGAUGGAACUUCUGGAGCCCCAGGACUGCCUGGAGAGCCUGGUCGGGAUGGAUUAAUGGGCUUAAAGGGAGAAAAGGGUGAUGCUUGUACCAGCUGUCCCUCUCUGGGCACAGCAGUGGGUGAAGGUGUCACCGUGCCAGGCCCAAAAGGAGAGAGAGGAGACCCUGGUGCUCCAGGAGAAGGGAAGCCUGGCAGGAAUGGAAAACCAGGCUUGCCAGGUGUGCAGGGGCCCGCCGGUCCCAGGGGAAGACAGGGAGAAACUGGAGCUGCGGGGGCCGGCCUUCCAGGACCUCAAGGUGAAGAGGGACCGAGAGGGCUGCCAGGGGUUGUUGGACUAACUGGAGCCAGAGGAUUGACCGGCCCUGUUGGUCCUGAAGGAGAAAAGGGAUCUCGAGGAGAUGUCGGGCUUCCUGGACCACAGGGGCCUGUGGGCGUUGGAGUAGCAGGGCCCCCAGGUAAAGAUGGAGCCCCUGGCUCUCAAGGAUUGCCAGGAGCCGACGGCAGACCCGGACUUGAUGGAGCUAUGGGGGACAAGGGUCAACCUGGAGAGUGCAACUGCAUACUGCCGGUGCACACAGGGAUCGGCGGACCUGGAGCUCCAGGAACUGCAGUAAACAUGUGGCAGCCCGGGCCUCAGGGUCCACCAGGACCACCCGGCCCCCCUGGCCCUCCUGGGCCUCAGGGUGUUAUUGGAAUCCAAGGACCCGAGAUCCCCAUCAGCCCAGACCAGCUGCCUCAAGAUGCCACUGGAGGAGAUACAGACGAAGAGUGUGAGGGGGACUGUUCCCAAGGGUUGCCAGGGGUGCCCGGCGUGUCUGGUGCCAAGGGUGAGAAAGGAGAUCAGGGCAAGCCUGGCGCAACCCCCUUGGACAGCUGUGACAGGUGUUUGGAGAGACUGCAGAGGGAGCAGGCGACACAACCAGCGAUGGAGUCGGGAUCACCAGGAAUUCCAGGAGUGCCUGGACCACCAGGAAUUAAAGGAGAUGCAGGUGCACCAGGAGAGAGAGGCCAAGCUGGAGCACCAGGUCACUUGGGACCUCCUGGUUUCCCAGGUCCUCAGGGCCCACCUGGUUUACCUGGUCAGCAGGGCGAGCGAGGGUUACCCGGCCUCUCAGGAUUGAAGGGCGAGCAGGGCCCUUCGGGGACAGCGGGCUAUCCAGGAACCAUGGGACCGCCUGGCAUGCCUGGACUGAAGGGUGAACGUGGGACUCCAGGAGGCAGUGGUCAGAAAGGAGAAUCAGGUCCUCCUGGUAACCCUGGGUACCAAGGACAGGCUGGCUCACAGGGCAUUAAAGGAGACAUAGGACCAGCGGGGCCAGGAGGUAGCAAAGGAGAACCGGGUUUCCAAGGACAACCAGGCUUCCCAGGAUCACCCGGUCAACCAGGUCUUGCUGGCAAGAGUGGAAGGGAAGGCAUGCCGGGGCUCAAAGGUGAAAAAGGUAACGAUGGUGCACAAGGGUCUCAGGGACCGACAGGACCCCCAGGCUCUUCAGGCUCUCCAGGAUUGAUGGGCCCCCCUGGCAUUGAAGGAAUGGAUGGUAAAGAUGGUAAACCAGGGCUGCGGGGAGAGUUGGGACCUCCAGGCCCUGCAGGACCAAGAGGAAUCCCAGGAUUCAAAGGGAAAACUGGUCAUGUUGGCUUCCCCGGACAGAAGGGUGAGGCUGGACCCACAGGUCCCCCUGGAGCUUCAGGCAGGCCAGGGCAUGAGGGUGAUCCGGGUACCCCAGGACCUCAAGGCCGACCUGGACCCCCCGGCCACAUUGGAACCAAUGGUCAAGCUGGACCCCCGGGACCUCCUGGUCCAUCAGGAGUGGGUAUAAAGGGAGAUAAGGGCCAGGCUGGUGAUAGGGGUCUCCCAGGGAUGGUAGGACCCCCAGGAUCCCCUGGGCACCCAGGUCCCUUGGGAGAGCCAGGCACUGAUGGUGCUGCUGGUAAAGAUGGAACGGCAGGGAUACCAGGGGACAAUGGGCAGCCAGGUCAAAAGGGUGAACCAGGGGCCCCAGGCCAGAAAGGUAAUCCAGGUGAGAGAGGCAGACCCGGGCCUCCUGGUGGUGGAGCAUACCACUCCAAGGAUGCACAGCCCAUGAUUGGCCCAGUCGGUCCCAGAGGGGAGAGGGGAAGUCAAGGCUCAGCAGGAACCCCGGGGCUCCCUGGACCUCAGGGUUCACCAGGAAAUGAUGCUGUAGUCAAUUAUGACGAAAUCAAAAACUUCAUCCGCCAGCAGGUCAUCAAGAUCUUCGAUGAGAGAAUGGGGUACUACAUGUCUCGCAUGCAGAUGCCAGUAGAGAUGGUGGCAUCCCCAGGUCGCCCCGGGCCCCCAGGGAAAGACGGUACUCCAGGUAAUCCCGGGUCCCCAGGUGCACCUGGCCUCCCCGGACAGAUCGGCAGACAAGGCCGAUCAGGAGCCCAAGGACCCCCAGGACCUCGAGGACCACAUGGAGAAAAGGGAGACAAGGGUAUUGGAGAGAUGGGAGAUGUAGGACCUCCAGGAGCACCAGGCAUCCCGGGGCCACCUGGCUAUGGUAAAAUGGGACCUCCAGGUCCUGUUGGUCAGCAGGGUGUUCCCGGCAUCCCAGGAUCUCCUGGUCAGUCUGGUACAAAGGGAAAUGAUGGCCGGUGUAAUCCUGCAGACUGUAUGAGCCAUCAUCAAGUAGAGUACAGCCCCAAGGGCCCACCUAUGAAGGGCCCCUGGUAGAGGUGAUGGAGGAGAAGAGCAGAGGGGACUGAAGCAAAGAGACUACAAACAAGACAGAACUACCAAAGACCAUGAUCCAAAGUUAGUGAAUUUGAUUAAAUAGUUGAGCGCCUGUUGUUAUAUUUGAGUUGUAUACAUUUUACUCACACAGAUGUUUUUUACUGUAGUUCUGAGCAAAAAUACAUAAUUUCAUUGUAAGGUCCUCACAUAUCUGAGGUCUACGUCACACCAGCAGCACUUUUUUAUUGCGUCAUUCUUUCUCCCUGUGAAAGCCAAUUCAUUGCUUUAUAACUGCCUCUUAUUUUCUCACUAUGUUUUCACUCCUUUUGUACAUUUUCAAACAACCCAGGGGAGGUGACAAGAAUCACAAUCUGUAUUUUCUUCUCCUUGAUUAAUUCUGGCUUCUUCUGUUAUUUUUUCUCUUCGUCUUAAAUCUGCAGGAAGAGAAUACACACAAUUAUCGUAGCACUUUGCUUCCACCUCUCGUAUCUUUCUUCUUUGUCACUGAAUCCCAUUUGGAUUGCAUCCCGCUCAUUUCAUUUCAUAUUCUGUCUCAGUGCCUGAGGUGUGAUACAUAUUUGAAUAUGACUUGUAAGAGAAUAUCCCUAGAAAGGUAUUUCGGUUUUGUAGAAACAGAAGAAGUCGCAAACUUGCAUUCAUACCCUCUUUGACUGUUUUGUAUAUAUUUAUAUUUAUAUAUAUAUGGUGGCUUUUGAUACUUUUCAAAGGAUUUGGUAAAAGUCGUAUGCAUGGCUAAACACUUAAUUUUUCAUUGUCAGUGGUUCCACGGCAACAAAAACAUGCCACAGGGAUAUUUUUCUAUAAGCUUUCAAAAGGGAAUAAAUGUUCAGUAAGAGACAAAUUAUUUAUAGAGGAAAAUUGUGUUUACAUAAGAAAGCACAUUGGCUUUUUGUAAUUAUUUUUUUUGCUCUGGUACAUUUUGCUCAUUUCAACUCCGGUCUUUGUGGAGAAACAGCCAUUUUAAAGCAUCUCAUCUUGUAUUCCAAAGUAGCUGUAAUAGCCAUCUGUCCACUUCACUCGGGCACUUGUUUAAGAAAAAACAGGAGCAAUAAUUGAGCCCUAUUACCACAGGUACUGUAAUGCAACACAUUUUCUGCAGACACAAAAACCCCAACAAUCACAUGUGAGGAUAGAAAAAAUAGAAGUGUUUAAUGGUGCAGUUUUUUCUAGUUUUUUGUACUUGUUUAUCAGAAAAUAGUAUUGGAUGAUUAAUAUUCACAGUUUCUCCAAGUUUCUCACAAGCUAACUCAUGAGAAAUGUUUGACUUCAAACUAAAUCCCACUGCUUUUUCAAUCAUCAUGUAAUAUUGAUCAUCCAGAUAUUACGAGACAAUGGGCCCCUGGGCACAGACAUGUGAAAAAGACCCCUCCACCGCUAGUAGCAUAUCCAGAAAAUAGCAGAAGUUGAGCAUAUCUGGUGCUAUUUCGUGUCUUUUUAUAUUGUUUUAUGUAUUUUUGUGUUUUAACUUGUCUCCUUUGCAUCGUUUUGUGUGUUUGUGGUCUUUUGAGCCUCUUUGAUCAGUGGAUCGAUUGACUCUGUCACCUCAAACAGAGGCUCUGGCCCAAGGGCCCACUGACUUCUUGUGCCUGAUAGGCCCCAUUCAGCAGUGUAUCCAUCAACUCCACCUGUGCAUCUGUUGCUUUGCUGUCAUUGUGUCUGACAUAUGUUGUUUAAUGAAACAUUUGAGAAUGAAAACCGUCAUUUUGAAAGCAGAA